AGAGGAUGAUUAAGUCCAUUCUCGUCAUCAACAUCCAUGGCAAGCCGCGCUUGACCAAGUUUUAUAACCGCAUCUCUGAAGAGGAGCAGCAGAAGCUGAUCAAUGAGUUCCAAGAUCAUCUACCGUAACUUUGCCACGCUCUUCUUCAUCUUUGUGGUUGACUCGUCCGAGUCGGACCUCGGUAUUCUCGACCUCAUCCACGCCUUUGUCGAGGCCCUCGACGCGUGCUUUGAGAACGUCUCGGAGCUGGACAUCAUCUUCCACGCAGACAGAGUCCACUACAUCCUGGACGAAAUGGUCAUGGGUGGCCUGGUCCUAGAAAUCAACCAGACCAUCGUGGCAGAGGCCAUCCGCGAGCAGAACGCCAUCGAGAAGCAGGAGGGCGCAGACCUCGGUUCGGGCGCGGGCACAAAGGUCAAGUCGCUCAUUUCCAAGAUGCGCCGCAACUGA